CACAACUCGAAGCGGCCUCGACCACUCAGUGAGCUUCAUUAUCGGAGCUGAAUGAUCUCCCUUUGACGCCCCAUAAGUUUCGCUGCCAACGCGAAGGGAGUGCUUUUCAGAUGCUGUGGACCAACCCAGCUGCGCCUUGAUCAAUGCCACGCUACGUCAUUACCGCUUUCGAGUGCAGGAACGCCCGCGGCACAUAAUUGAUGCGGCCGCUGGUUGGGAGCUUUUGCGAAUCGCUAUUCUGAUAUUCUCGGGACGGUUUAUUGAUCUCGCCUUAUAAUUCAUCCCCGUAUACUACACUACAUCGCCUGGCUGAUAGGAAAACUGCCCACGAUGUUGUCCCCGUCGAUAAGCCGCGAGUCGUCGAGCUUCGUCGAGGUCUCCGAGCCGGACCCGGACGGCGAGGAUCUCGAGUCGACACCGCACUCCCUGUCGCGAGCCGUAUAUGAGCGCCGCGCGGAAUACACACGGUCGCAUUCGAUGAAAAUUAAGGUCGGGACUUGGAAUGUUGCUGCGUGCCCGGGAGUCCAUAACGAUAUCAGGAGCUGGUUUGUGGAUGGGAAGGGAGUUGAUACGAAACUUGCGGGGCUCAAGAUAUCAGAUCUGGACGGAAAUAAUGUUAAAGUACGAUCUAAAGGCGAUACUGGAGAUCCGAAGAGUAUACCAGAGACGCCGCUUGGCGACGAGGGAGUUGUGCUUGGUGGGGAGCAUGUAGGUCUCUAUGUGCUGGGACUACAGGAGAUUGUCAGGCUGGCAUCUGCAAAAGAAUAUAUAGGCCGAGUUUAUGUCGACCCCGAACCACUGAAUAAGUGGAAGCGAGCAUUGGAAGAGGCAGUUCCCCAUGGAUAUGAGCUUAUCGCCGACACGCAGAUGUCGGGGUUACUUCUGCUCAUCUAUGCGUCGCCAGCUAUCGCGCCUACGGUCAGCUCAGUGUCUUCUGUCAGUGUCGGCACUGGCAUCAUGGGAUAUCUAGGCAAUAAAGGCGCAGUCUGCACCAGGAUAGUUCUGGGGGAGACGACGCGGUUGGCAUUUAUAAACUCUCAUCUGGCGUCGGGCACGGAGAAGGCACACUAUGAACGGAGAUGCUGGGACUACAAUGAGAUUACGUCUCGCACAAAAUUUGACCCUGUCAGCGUAGCUGGGGAGACUAGCGACAUCCAGGAGGUGAUUGGCGACGAGGACUUUGCGUUUUGGUUCGGAGAUCUGAACUUCAGGCUUGAUGGGCUGCCAGGCGACGACAUCCGGCGACUGCUGAUGCUUCACGCAAGAGGCGAGUACGCGCCUGGCUCAAGCCCGAGAAAUUACCUCGAGAGUGAAAUAGCAAAGUCGGAAGAACCAAUAUUGAUACGACACGUCGAGAGCGAUGAUGACGAGCCUAUAGACUUACAAGCUGAAAACCCAAAUACGAGCAGCAGGUCCUCUUCGAUUGAUCUUCCAGACCCGGAUGACUUUUUGCAGGACCCCCAUUCAGAUCCUACCUCUCUUCAAGCCACGUUGGACUCUCUCUUACCCCACGACCAGCUACGGCGAGUUCAGCGACAGAAGAAGGCCUUCCAUGAUGGCUGGCGAGAAGGCCCGAUCACAUUUAUCCCAACUUACAAGUACGACGUGGGAACUUUCGGCGUCUUCGAUUCUGGUGAGAAGAUGCGACCCCCCAGCUGGUGCGAUCGAAUUCUGUUUCGCACUCGUCGUUAUAAGUCCGAAUAUGAUGGGAGAGUACGGGAUGAAGAGGCUGCGAGGGUAAAGGACGAGGAAAUGAGGUCUCGUGGUAUUGCACAAGCCGCGCAGGAUGAAGAAGUAAUCUUUGAUUAUGACCCCGCUAGCGAUGGAGUCGAUACGUACGGUGAUUACGACGAAUACGACGAAGGAGAGGACAAUGGGGAGGAUGUUACUGUGAAGGACGAACAGGCCGACAAGCUGAACCUUGAAAUUUAUACGUCGCACCAGAGGGUUACUUCUUCGGACCAUAAGCCUCUAGAUGCUGUGUUUACCAUAAACUACGACGCUGUGGUCCCAGAGCUGAAAUCAAGAGUCCACCAGGAGGUAGCUAGAGAGCUAGACAGGGCAGAGAACGAGCAUAGGCCUGGCGUGACAAUUCUAGUGGAGCAUUCCGAUCUUAUAGAUGAGGCGCCAGGUUCCCAGGCAACAACAGAUGCCGCCGACGGUGUUAAUUUUGGAGAUGUCAAGUAUCUAUACAGCAAAGAACGAUCCUUGACGAUCGCAAAUACAGGGCAGGUCCCGGCCACGUUCGCGUUUAUAAGCAAACCGUCCGGGCCAGGCCAGCCUGGCCAGGUGGCUCCGAGCUGGUUGAGGCCUUACGAUGAUGACGGUGCGGUUAAGAGGCUCGAAUCAGAGGUUACGCUUGAGCCUGGAGAUACCAUCAUGGUGACACUGGAGAUCUACGUGGAGGAUUUCGCGCAGGUAAGGGCUUUAAAUAUGGGCGAGCUACAGUUGGAUGAGGUGCUCAUACUACGCGUCACGGAUGGGAGGGACUACUUUAUUCCUGUCAGGGGAGACUGGCUGCAAUCAUGCUUCGGUCGCACAAUCGAUGAGCUGAUCCGCAUACCCGAAGCAGGCGGGGCUCGCGCUCUCCGUCCCCCUGGGAACAAAGACGCCGCCCAAGAAAACACUCUUUCGGUAAUAGACUCAAAUACUCUCACCGAGGCCGUACCAAGGGAACUCACCAAACUCACCGACACCUUCGAGCCCCUCCUCGAGCGCGCCAUCGCCGAGCGCGAAAUGACCGGCGCCUCCGAAACCCCCGUCCCAGACGCCUGGCCCUUCGAGUCCACCACCACCUCCCACAGCCGCUCCCAAACCCGCGCCCUCCUCCUCGAAGCCCUCGACACCAACACCCCCCUAAACGCCUCAUUCCCCCGCGGCGUCUGCGAAGUCGAGAAGCUCGAAACCACCGCCGAGGUCCUACAGCUCUUCGUUGCAAGCCUCACGGAUGGCAUCAUCCCCGCCUCGUUCUGGAAAACUAUCGACGACGACCUGGCGGCGCGCAAGCGCGCUCCUACCCCUGAUGAAACUCGAAUUUUGACUAUGGUUCCCCUCGCGGACUCGCCACCGCACAGCAUCGCGCUCGUCCACCUUGUCGUCCGCCUUGGCAAGGUCGUCGCAAUGCGCGCGCCCCCGCCUAGCUCCCCGGCCACGGAGGCUAAGCCCAGCCGCUUCGAUUUCAGACAGUCGAUGGGGUAUGGGCGUGCUCGACGCACGACGUUGACGGAUGAUCCGGGGUUGGCGGCGAGGAGGGCGAUUGAGAGAAGGAUUGCGGAGGUGUGGGCACUAGUGAUGAUUCGGGGCCCAGAGGGGGUGGGGGAGAAGGAAAGGAAGGCGAGUGAGGCGAGGAAAAGAGGCGUUGUGGAGGCGUUUUUGGCGAAGGUGUGAGGAGUGAUGUUAUGCGAUGAGAGAUAUAAGGACGGUAGGGCGUAAGAGAGCUCGGAUUGGGAGAGAGUCCUAGCGAGAUUGAAAGAAUCGACGUGGAGGCUGUCAGGUUCCGAUCCCAGCCGAGCGUGAGACAUGGGCACUCCCGCGCAUCUCAUGCGCGUGUUCCCCCAGGGUUCAGCUCAAAGCAGGUACAAUUCCAAAAACCACGAGUCCUAGUCCCUCCCCACGCAGCUGACGUGGGGAAUGAAGCCCACGCCAGCGCAUCGGAGUGGAAAUCGGCGUGGGGUUACCUGUCAUGCGAUUCCGUAGGACGAAACGUGGUCGCGGCGCAUAUUCGCACCAAGAUCGCCGACACCAGCGUUAGUAUCCGGAAUCUGUACUAUGGAAUACAAAGAAAGUCUUUAUCUCCUUCUUAGCUCCCCCAUUUUAUCACAUCACACCCAUGUGGUGACCCCUGUCGCUUGGCGCCGGCAUUAGCGCCAACCCGCAUCAUGGUUAUCUCUCGCACGGGCCACUUGGGGUGGUUCCGUUAUCAGUUGGGAGGCGACAGGAAUGAGUUGGGAUAGGGUUGAUAUGGAUGGGGG